AUGGGUGGAUCAGAGCUUGACAUCGGGGUGGUGAUUCCAAGAAACGUAGUGUCUUCCUGGGUGGAAGCAGCGGGUACUUCAAUGGAGAACGAGCCUGGAAUAGUGUCUCCUUUCAAACGAGUCUUCCUGAAGGGCGAAAAAGGUCGGGAUAAAAAAGCCCAGGAGAAGGUUACGGAGAGACGGCCCCUGCAUACGGUGGUGGUGUCCCUGCCUGACCGCGUCGAACCAGACGUGCUGCUGAAUGACUACAUCGAGAAAGAAGUGAAGUAUUUAGGUCAACUCACAUCCAUCCCAGGGUACCUGAAUCCCUCCAGCCGCACGGAAAUCCUGCAUUUGAUCGAUAAUGCAAAGAGAGCACACCAGCUCCCGGGGCAGCUGACCCAAGAACACGAUGCUGUUAUCAGUCUCUCUGCCUACAACAUCAAGCUGGUGUGGAGGGAUGGAGAAGAUCUCAUCCUCAGGGUCCCCAUCCAUGACAUCGCGUCCGUUUCCUACAUCCGAGAUGACUCCUCUCACUUGGUCGUGCUGAAAACAGCUCAGGACCCCGGGAUCUCCCCAAGCCAGAGUCUCUGCGCCGAGAGCUCCAAAGCCCUUACUUCAGGCUCGCUGUCUGAGAGCGGGGUGGUUCCCAUCGAAGCUUGUUGCUUGGUGGUCCUGGCUACGGAGAACAAAGUGACUGCCGAGGAGCUGUGCUCACUUCUCAGCCAAGUCUUCCAGAUUGUUUACACUGAGUCCACGAUAGACUUCUUGGACAGAGCAAUAUUUGAUGGGGCGUCCACACCGACGCGGCACAUGUCCUUACACAGUGAUGACUCUUCUACAAAAGUGGAUGUUAAGGAAUCUUAUGAAACGGAAGCAAGCACUUUUUCCUUUCCAGAAACCUUGGAUGCAGGUGACAACUCCCCCUCUUCCUUCUCCACACAACAGUCUCCACACAUUAAGACAGUCAGCGAGAGCGAGCUGAGCACCACAGCGACAGAGCUGCUCCAGGACUAUAUGAUGACGCUCCGAACGAAACUCUCUUCCCAAGAGAUCCAGCAGUUCGCAAUGCUCCUGCACGAGUAUCGCAACGGGGCUUCGAUCCACGAAUUCUGCAUCAACUUGAAGCAGCUCUACGGGGACAGUAGAAAGUUCCUGCUCUUAGGUCUUCGCCCCUUCAUCCCCGAGAAGGACAGCCAACACUUCGAGAACUUCCUCGAGA